AGAGUGGAGAAAUGCUUGCCAGUAUAAAUAACAUUAUUUAAAUAAGACGCAAGAAAAGCAAUAUGGCUCCAGUAUGUUACAAAAGGUACCUCAUUGACGACGAAGCACCCGUUCCAGAAAGAACAAAGAGAAGACGUAAACGAAAGGAAAUUUCUGAAGAUAUGGGUGAUGAAGAAGCUGUGGCCUCUUCUUCUACAACUCAGUAUCUCACCCAAGAGGACAAUCAAGAUGACCCGGUGUCUACUGCUUCUGAUGACACCAUGAACCAACCCAUAUCUGGCCCUAGCUCUUCACCUGGGGAGCCAGUAGAGGAACAUCUAGAAGACCCCACAAGUCCAACUUUAGACCAGAAACCAACAAAAGAACAGGUGGAACUUCUGCUGCUGGCAUUAAAACUCAAACACGGAUUAACAAAUAGAGCCUUGGAGGACAUCAUGCAUCUUAUCAACUUUAGUGCUGGUCCUGGUGGGGAAUUGGUUAGUCGCUCAAAGUACCUUUUCUACAAAGCAUUUGAUUCAGUGAAAGACAUAUUAGAAGUACAUUAUGUGUGCAAGAGUUGCAACGUAAGCAUGCAGGAAGGUCCCUUUAAUGUCAAGUGCCCAGUCUGUGACCAGGACACAUCAAAAGCGCAUGCACAAAGAAGACCAGUGUUUUUUGUACUUGCCACUACAAAACCAAAUAAAAAAACUGCUUGAGGACCACCAAUUAGGGAAACACCUGAAACACCGUUUUGAGAAGAAGGAUGCCUCCAUCAAAGAUAUUUACGAUGGACAUUUAUACAAAAAACUAUCACCCCUUGCAUCACCAGACAACAUAUCACUGACUUUUAACUGUGAUGGAGUGCCAGUGCACAAAUCAAACACACAAAGUUUGUGGCCAAUUUUGUGUACUGUUAAUGAACUCCCAAUACAACUACGUGCAAAACAUGUUAUGCUUUGUGGCCUGUGGUUUGGUCAAAACAAACCAAAUAUGAACACCUACAUGAAACCAUUUGUCGAUGAAUGCAUAGAGUUGUACUCUAAUGGUCUUAUAUGGCAAAGUGAAAGUGGGGAAGUUGUCACAAGUAAAGUACUGCUUACUACCAUGGUGGCAGAUUCAGUUGCUCGGCCACUGAUUCAGAACUUUAAACAGUUUAAUGGAGAGUUUGGGUGUUCUUUUUGUAUGCAGAAAGGAACAGGUGUGUUAAAACGCAGGGGGCGUGUAAGGGCUUAUCCAUAUGAAAAAGCAGAGUUGAGGAAUCCCUCCCAGACUGAUGAUCUGGUAGAAGAGGCUCUUAAUGGAAACCCCACUAAGGGAGUGAAAGGGCCUAGUAUUUUGUCUUGUCUACCUGAUUUUAAUAUUAUUGAUGGCUGUGUUCCAGAUUAUAUGCACAGUGUGCUGCUGGGUGUAGCAAGAAGCAUCACCACGCUGUGGUUUCAUUCUGAGAACAACCAAUCGCCAUGGUAUAUCGGACGCUCAACAGAACAGAUUGAUGACAUUUUAACUUCAAUUAAACCACCCUGUAAUGUUUCCCGCGUCCCCCGCUCGGUGAAAGAGAAAAAGUUCUGGAAGGCACACGAGUGGAACAUGUGGUUGUUUUAUUACAGCAUACCAACAUUGAAAGGGGUCUUACCUGAAAAAUAUCUGAAGCACUGGUUUAAGUUGGUAAAGGGGGUUUCUCUUCUACUCGGUGAGAAUAUAUCACCACUGCACAUAUCAGAAUCUGAGGGGUUGCUAACAGAGUUUGUUCAGGAAAUGGAGACCCUUUAUGGGAUCAAUAAUGUCACUUUCAAUGUACAUUUGUGCCUUCAUCUGCCCAAUACUGUGAGGAACUGGGGUCCCCUCUGGGCACAGUCUGCUUUUGUGUUUGAGUCAUACAAUGGGAUCAUUUUAGAUAUGAUAAAGAGUAGCCAGGGAGUUUCUCUGCAGAUAAUGCAAACAGUUUGGCUACAGGUUGCAUUUCCAUCAUUUUCCCAAAAAACCAUGGUGGCAGCUUCUGAUGAUUACUUGGCUCUCUUAGAGUCUUUUUCAGUUGAGAAAAAAAUGGUGCAGGAAGUAAGUCGCUCUCAUGGUGUUACAUCUCUGGGUAGGCCUAAAAUUUGUAUGAUCAGAAAUGAUGAUUUUCUGGCCUUGAACAGCAUCAGCAACCUAGGAAAUAGAGUCACUGUGAAGUAUUUUUGCAGAGUAGUGGUUAAUGGUGAAAUAGUUCAUUCACAAAACUACUCGCGUACUUUUCGGAGAAACUCGUACACUGUCAUUCUUUCUGAUCGAGAGGAAAGUAUUUUCUCUGUGAAGACCUUCAUUGUCUGUGAUCUGGGGCAGGGGGAGACAUGUUAUGCAGUGGGGAAGUACUACCAAAAAGUGAAACAGGACAUCUGCGGUCAAUUCAAGAACCCUUGUUAUUUCAUCCCUGUAAGGAAAACUCUGGGUCCUUUAGUUGCUAUACAAGCAUCUCAGAUAAAAGAAAAGUGUCUGUUCAUUAAAACUGUGAACAAACAUGUUGACAUUGUCUUCAAAUUCAUUAACCACAGUGAAAUGCUCCGAUAGAUGGGAUGAGGAUGAUGAUGAUGAUUACUUGAAUGUAUGUUCUAUGUACUUUUUUUGCUACAUUUAGACUGUAAUGACCUUUCAGCCAUAUUCAUCUAGAAACUGCAUUAACAGAAAACAUUGCGUUUGCAUUGCAUUUGGUGGAUGUAACGGUGAAUGUGUGGAUGUGUAUGGGCUGUAAUGUGAAUCUGGAAGUGACUUGAAAUUGAA